AUAGAUGGCGGUAUCGCAAAUUAAACGCGUGUAUCCACGCAACAUAAAGAAGAAGAAGACGACGGCCAGGAAGUAGUCCUCUUACACUUCCAGUCUAAAUACUGCAUGAUACAGAUAUGUGAAAUAGUGGUGUCAUUACUGUAACCAUAGAUAACCAGUCAUUUUGACAGCAAACAUGCCCGGUCCAGACAAAGAAACAGAGCUGACGGAAAGGAUUGAAGCGUUUUUGUCCGACCUGAAGCGUGGGGGGAGCGGGACGGGGCCGCUGCGGGGCUCGGCGGAGACAGCCCGAGAAACGACUGCCCUGCUCCGCAGAAUCACAGCCCAGGCUCGGUGGAGCAGCGCAGGUGAGACAGGGUGUACAACUUAUCUCAGACUUUACACUAACUUUUUAUUAAUUUAUUACUUUGGCGAAAUCGUUUUUCUUUUAGCUGAAACUGUUAGUGGGGAAAAGAUACUAUUUACUGACUAUUUUAAAGGGAUAUCCCGGCGUAAAAUUAAGUUUUACGCCGAUUUCUUUGGCGAAGAGACUAAACACAACUCACCUACUCUCUUCCAGCAGCCACUUGUUUGUACGGAGACCUCUGGGCGAGUCCAUCGACUGCUGCGGGGUGACGCAGCUCAAGGAAGAACAUUUGCGAUCAUUACUUUAUUAUUUUCUUUAAGCAAUACUCACCCUAUUAAUCAUUUUGAAAUGCAGACGCGGUAGUUCUUCUGCCUUAGAGUCUUGGUCUGACUGCAUUUCCAUGAGGAAAUGAUCAUAAAUGUUCUUCCUUGAGCUGCAUCACCCCGCUGCAGUUGAUGGACUCGCGAGGAGGUCUCCAUGCAAUCAACUGGCUGCUGGAGGAGAGAGCGUGAGUCUCCUUGCUUAAGAAACUAGACCAAUCUAAAAAGAUGUUUGGUGGCUAGUGCUGUGGCUGGGACCCUAUAUGUACUUCUGAUGAAGUUAGGUGCUGUUCUGAGCAUUAUUUGUGGCCAUAGAGUGGCUUGUGGCUCUCUGUAUUGCUAACUGUGGUCGUUACUAAAGUUGAUAUAACUAGAGAAGCAAGCAGUUGGCUACAUUCAUUUCUCAAUGGGGUGUCUAACUUGGUGUUACAAUGUAUGACCCUAACUUAAUUUUACGCCGGAAUAUUCCUUUAAAUUAAACAUUUGGAUAAGGGGGUUAUUUUUGGAUACUGGUUUUUGAUGGUUGGCUUAUGAGCGAGCUCUUUUUCAAAGUUUAUUUUGCACAUGACCCUUGAAUAGGAUAGGAAAAAAUGCAUUUAUCCCAGCUCAAAACAUAGCCAAGAAAUACAGACAGGGUAAAUAUUUAGUGCCGCAUAGUCAAUCUGUCAACUGGCAAAGGUGCUUCUAAAAACUCUUAAGUCACAGUAAAGUGAAGGAAGGCACAAACAUAUCACUUUAAUGUACAUGUAUCACACUGAUUACUCACCACUGGACUACUCAUAGAAAGAUGAAGGGAGUUGAAAAUGUGCUUUAAUUGCAAAGGUGUCCACUGCAUUUCCCUCCUUUGUUAAAAUUUAUUACAAACCUACCUUAUUUUUCCUGCGUUUUUCUAGGCGAUCUGAUGGAAAUAAUCCGGAAAGAGGGCCGGAGAAUGACUGCAGCCCAGCCAUCAGAGACCACUGUGGGAAACAUGAUCAGACGGGUGCUGAAGAUCAUUAGAGAAGAGUAUGCCAGGUGAGAAGACCCCAAGGAUAAAACAGUAGGACUGCCGUGUUGACCAUUAAUUAAUUGCUUUAGGGGAAACAAAAAACAUAGUAUCUUCAACCUGCUGUCAGUCAUCUUGUCUAAAACUUACCUCCUCUUAGCGGUUUCAGGCAUUACAAAUUACAGCAGGGAAAAUAUCAAGUUUUGUUGCUAACAAUCUUAUCAGCUCAGUCAGUCUCUUAACCAGUUAAGUGAUACCUUAUAAAUAGCCCGAGGUAGCAAUAAAAUUAGGAUGCAGUGAUCAAUUGCAAGACAGUCAUGUAAUAAGACAUGGCAAGAUCUGAUUCCGCACCAUACUGCUUUGAAAGCUGUUCAAAGUCGAGUCCUCCUGCGCCAUUAUUGAUCUUGUUGAUGGAUUGAAAGUGUUGCCUAAGAUAUAGGUUAAAAAAACUAUUUGAUGAUCUCAUAGUUUAUAAUUCCGCUAACAAUAGACUUUUGAAAGCUAUAAAAAUGAAUAAUACUUUCAGGGUUGAGGUGCUGCAAUGGCCAACACUUUCAGAGGUUUACAGGAAGAUAAGAUUGUCUUUCAUAACAAAUAGUGAUAACAUAAAAUAGCUAGGGUACAUUGAUAGAUUAUUAACAACUUAUUCUACUCAACUGAUCCUGAAAAGGAAUUGUGUCUGUUUUUUUUUUCAAUAACAAAUGUAAAAUCGGGAAUCAAGUGUAUAAAAAGCAAAAUAAAUUUGUAGAUCUGACUAUUCAUCAGGUCUACAAAGUGCAUUACUAUCAAUACAAGUAAGAAUGUGCAGACCAGGUAAUCAGUUGAUGAUCUACACGUAGAAAUGGUGGAAGAAAUCACACUCCUUGGUGUGACUAGAUCAUAAACUGUCUUGUAAAACUAACUAAAGAUACAUCCAGUCAAAAAGAAAAACAUUGCUAUGCUACACAAAGUUAAAUGUGUACAACUCACUACAGCUAUUUUACUCUGCCUUGUUUAACCUAAACGAGUAAAUGUACAGAGCUAUUGGGGGGAGGGGGGGUCUUAUAAUAUUGAUUUAAAACUUAUGAAAGCAUUACAGAAAAGAGCUGUAAGGAUAAGAUAUAAAACAUCUCCAGAGGUAAAAUCUCUAAAGGGCAGCAUUAUAAAUUUGUCACCACUUUUGUGCACCCUUCACUGAACAAAAUAAAUAUAUGAUUAAAUAAAUAAAUGAGUGCUGUGGUUUUCUGCAGAUCCCGAGGGAGCAGUGAAGAGACAGACCAGCAGGAAUCUCUCCACAAGCUGCUGACCUCUGGAGGACUGAGUGAGGAGAACUUCAGGCAACAUUUUGCUGCACUCAAAGCAAACGUGAUCGAGGCCAUCAAUGAAUUGCUGACUGAGCUGGGUGAGUUUAAUUUCUUUGUUGUUUAGCCAUCAGCGAAUAUGUGACACAAGUCAAGCAUGUGUUAUUUUCGAUGAGGCUCAUUGUUUCUCCUAUGAACUCUAAAAUUUCAGAGGGAACAACAGACAACAUUGCGAUGCAGGCCUUGGAGCACAUUCACUCUAAUGAGGUCAUCAUGACGAUUGGCCGCUCUCGCACGGUGGAGGCUUUCCUAGAAGAUGCGGCACGUAAACGCGGUGACAUGAAACGCAAGUUUCAUGUCAUCGUGGCAGAGUGUGCACCUUUUUGCCAGGUACCUCAAACAUGUCAAGAAGCAAGACUUAGAAAGCUUCUCAGGGAAGGAGUAGAACUUGGUGCCUGAGAUAGAUUUCAUUGGUUCUAAUGAAUUUGAAUGAAUUUUUCAGGGACAUGAGAUGGCAACCAGUCUGUCGAAAGCCGGAAUCGAAACGACAGUGAUUGCAGAUGCUGCCAUAUUUGCAGUCAUGUCCCGUGUUAAUAAGGUAUUUCUCAUCACAGAUGGCUUUGGAUCCAUCACACCAGAGCAGCUGGAUUGACUGUGCAAUAAUCUCUUUUCAGGUCAUCAUUGGCACACAGACUGUUCUUGCAAACGGAGGGCUGAGGGCCGUCAAUGGGACUCAUACUUUGGCACUUGCAGCCAAACACCACUCAACCCCUCUGAUUGUUUGUGCUCCCAUGUUCAAGCUCUCUCCUCAGGUAAAAGGACUCUCUAAUCUGACCAUUUCUAAUCACUCCUGCUGACACAAAUCCUCAUAAGUGUUUUUUUGUCCUCAGUUUCCAAAUGAGGAGGACACCUUCCAUAAGUUUGUCUCCCCACAUGAGGUGCUUCCUUUUACUGAAGGUAAAUCCCACAUUUAAAACAAGUCUUGAUCUUUUAAAAAUAGCUUUUCGGCCUUUGCAUUCAGUUGACCUUUUCUGUUUCAGGUGAAAUUCUCUCAAAGGUGAAUGUUCACUGUCCUGUGUUUGACUACGUCCCACCUGAGCUCAUCACGCUGUACAUCUCCAACAUUGGAGGACACGCACCAUCAUAUAUUUACCGACUGAUGAGUGAGCUCUACCACCCAGAGGACCACGAGCUUUAACCCUUGUGAUUGAUGAAUAAAUUAAAUAAAUGUUACAACUCUCAUGUUUCCUGUAAUCAAUCAAGUAAAUCAAUUAAAGUCCUAGUUCUUUUCUAACCC